CUCUCAUCACAGGCUUUAUUAGAGGAGGAUAGAGCUGGUUGACCAUUCAGAAGGUGCAUUUAGGGCUUUAACAUACAGACAUUAUGCUUAAGGAGGCAUUGUUGGGUCUCCUUGUAGGAGCAGUGGUUUUUACUAUAGGGAUUCUGCUGGGACACUUCGCCAUUGACAAGGGCAGUUCGGUGCCAGAGUGGGUCCGGGAUGCAUAUCGUGAUGUGGAUGAAAGUAUCAUUGAGAAAUUCCUUGCAGAACUGGACACCAAUGAAAUUAAAGAAAACCUCAGGGAGCUGACUAAGGUUCCCCACAUGGCCACCACCCCUGGAGAUGAAGCAACCGUAGAGUUUAUGCUGAAGAGAUGGAAAGACCCCACAUCAGGCUUGGACAAUGCAUGGAGAGAGGACUACAAAGUGUAUCUGUCAUUCCCUAACAAAACAAAGCCCAACAAAGUCUCUGUUGUCAAUCCAGAAAACACAGUCCUGUUUACUGCAAGAGAGAGAGAGAAAACAUACUUACCAGAACAGGACGACCCAGAGGUGGUCCAGCCGUACGCAGCAUAUUCCCCUGCAGGAAAUGUCAAGGGAAAACUUGUCUAUGCAAACCAAGGUAAAAUGAGUGACUUCGAGCUGUUGAACACAACACUGGAUCUGAGGGGAGCCAUCGCCAUCAUCAGAUACGGAGGAGAAGGGAGAUCGGAAAAAGCUAUAAAUGCAGCCAAGUUCGGCAUUGUUGGGGUGCUGGUCUAUACUGACCCAUUUGACAUUAAUGAUGGACUGGUGUCGGAAAGUGAAACUUACCCUCACUCCUGGUAUAUGCCACCCUCUGGCGUCGAGCGAGGCGCAUACAACAUUGACUUUGGAGACUUGUUAACACCUUACCUAGCUGCAAAAGAUGAUACAUACAGAAGACCAAAAGAAGAGAUAACAGGUAUUCCACCAAUUCCAGCACAGCCAAUAGGGUUUGAGGAUGCUGAAAGCUUAAUCUGCGAGCUUGAUGGGGACGAUGCCCCUAAAGAAUGGCAAGGCUCACUUAACUGCACAUACAAACUUGGUGGGCCAGGGUUCAAAUCCACGUCUCUCUUAAACAACAGCAAUGUACACAUGGACAUUUACAACACAGAGAGGCUGGAAAAUUCAGCGAAUGUCAUGGGAAUAAUCAGAGGCAGUGUGGAGCCAGACAGGUAUGUGAUCUAUGGGAACCACAGGGACAGCUGGGUGCACGGAGCCAUCGACCCCAGCAGCGGCACAGCAGUGAUGCUAGAGAUCACCAGAGUCCUGGGGAAGAUGGUGAAGGAAGGGAGAUGGCGACCUCGGCGGUCCAUUAUCUUUGGCAGUUGGGGAGCCGAAGAAUUUGGUCUCAUUGGAUCUGCAGAAUACACAGAGGAGUACUUCAGUAAGCUGAGUGAACGUGCUGUGGCGUACAUCAACGUGGACAUCGCAGUGUUUGCCAAUGCCACUCUCAGAGCUUCUGCUUCUCCAGCAGCACAGAGUGUGCUUUUUACAGCCUCCAAACAGGUAAAUGCACCUGGAACAACCACAUCAGUCUAUGAGAACUGGAUCAAAUAUUUCAACAGAACCAGUCCAAAUUAUGGGGUUAUACCAAAUUUGGGCUUCUUGACAGGAGCAGGAAGUGAUUACGCUGCUUUUAUGCACUACCUUGGAAUAACUUCUAUGGACUUUUCCUAUUACUAUGACCGGAGUAAAACAAGAGCGCGCAUCUACCCAGCCUACCACACGGCCUAUGACACCUUUGACUAUGCGUCUAGGUUCAUUGAUCCAGGUUUCACAAGUCACCAGGCAGUAGCCAGGACAGCAGGGAAUGUGCUGGUGCGAUUGGCUGACAGUCUUCUGUUGCCUUUUAACUGCAGUGAUUAUGCAGAAAGUCUGGAGCUGUACCUCAGUCAGGCGGUCACAGCCUUUGAGGAAAAACUUGCGGCUAAGGCAAUCUCUAUGGAAUCCUUGAAGAAAGCUGUGCAAUUAUUCCGAGAGACAGCCACCAAACUGGAUCGUUUGAUCGGGGAUUCAGAUCUCGCAAAAGAAACGCCUCUGAAGGCUCGCAGAAUUAAUGACCAGCUCAUGCUGCUGGACAGGGCUUUCCUUGACCCGUUAGCGUUCCCAGAACAAUAUGGUUUCAGGCACGUGAUAUGGGCGUCGAGGUCAUCGAGUGUGCCCACCUUCCCCGGCCUGGCAGAUGCAGUAGAGAAGGCUGAGAGCACUGACCUGAAGGAAGACUGGGAUCAGGCUCACAAACACUUAUCCAUCGUCACACAGGCCAUCGCAGGAGCCGCACACACACUGGAUGAUGUGAUUUAAUGCACACUGAACUUCUUGAGAGAGGGAGAAAUAUUAAACAGCAGAUUCCUCUGAAACAAAAAAUUGUUUUCUGAUGAAAAGUCGUUUGACAAGUUAUUUGUAGUAAAUACUUUGCCUGAAAUGAAAGCUGUAAGUUCUUUGUGUAUUAAAAGGAUAGUUUACCAACAUUUUUACUCACCCACAUGCUAUCCAGGAUCUGCAUGACUUACUUUCUAUGAAAGAACAUUUUCAAACAGCUGUUUUUAUCCAUACACUGAACACCAAUGUCCAAUUAACAGCAGGUAUUUUGUGCAACGAAAAAUGAAGAGGAAAAGAAACAAAAGCAGACAGAAUGCACUCUUUUCAGGCAUGAUUUAUUGAAAACACACCAAAAUGAUACUCUACAAACCUGGAUUUUUCUUUAACAAGAGCAAUUCUCUCUUCUGGGUAUUAGUAAAAUUAACAAUACAUUCGGUCACUGUGGCAUUGUUCUUGAGUGCUAGGAAAGCAUUAACAACUAUAUAAUCAAACCUUUUUAUGUCUCUAUCUUUUAAAAGUUUAUAAUACAAUGUAAUACAAGGCAAAACCCACCACCAGUCUAGACUACAUUGAGAACACAGAGUGAGUGAAAGUGGGAGGAGCCAGAGGGAGGAGGUGUGUGUGUGUGUGUGUGUAACAGAGACAGAGAGAGAAAGAGCAGUCAGGGACCAAUAAAACAUAUAAAACACACUUAUCUUUUUCAUCUAACAUGGAAAAAGGUUAAGGCACAUGAUAGUUACAAACACAUUUGCUACCAAGUUGUACACAAUUACUGAAUUUUGAUGCUCUGAAUUAAUGAUAUCUACAAUAGUUUCUCUUAAAUCCAUUUCAACAUCCGUUGUUCUAGAAAUAUACAAUCUGAUGCAAAUUCACACUCCGGGAACCUCUCGUACUACAUGGUACCAAAAUCCUUUGGU